AUGAUCUACUCUCGCGACCGCUCAGGGUCCAGACACCAUCCCGGUCGACUCAAGGAACAAUCCCCCCUCCGACUGGAAAAUAUUGCCCGACACGGUCCGUCUGUCGCUAUUUUUCAAUUGGCACCAGGAGGGGCGCCUCAUUUGUUCUCAUCGUUGCUCGAGCUAAAAGGAUGGGCCCGACGACUGUCUCGACACCCCAUAAGCAGCGAGCAAAAAAUUGAGUCCUACGAGCGAUUUGCCGUUGAAGAACAGAUCUACAAUAUCAUCACCGAGCUAUGCAAAAUACCAGCUGCUCGCGACGAGUUCAAUCUCGGCGAGGGUAUCCAGUACAACAACCACAAAAAUCUAUUAGAGGACGAAAUAAUUGAUGCCUAUACGAAUCAAUCGUCAAGUGUACAUCGCCCCAGACCUGACCAAUUCUGUAUUCACCGUGUCGGCGACAACACUACUCAUGUCCUCACCUCUAUCGAGUACAAACCGCCUCAUAAGCUCUCUGUCGCUACUCUGCAUAUCGGGCUUCGACCAAUGGACUUAUGGAAGUAUACAGUCAGGUCAAAAAAGAUCCCGACAGACGAGGAAGCGAAGCUAAGGUACAAUGCAGAGCGACUUGUCUGCUCCGCUCUUGUUCAGGAAUAUCAUAUAAUGAUCCAGGAAGGAAUCGAGUAUUCCUACGUGACCAACGGGAUCGCUCGAUUUCUCCUCCGUGUCGCGCGUAACAAUCCCGAGACACUCUACUACUUCCUAUAUGAUCCAAAUACAUUCCAAUCGUCUAUUCGAAGUCAGGAGUGGAGGAAUUCCGUACGAGCGAGUGUUCCUACAUAG